AUGUGGAAAGUGGAUGAAGUCGAGGAAGAUGGCGUAGUUUCUGACAGUGUCAGAGGUAUGGUACUUGAUGGUGUUGAUGAAGACAGUGGUGUUUCUGAGGUUGUCUGUGAUGAUGAUGUAAAAAUUGGUGAACUGAAAGUGGUUUCAGACGAUGUUGUGGGUAGCUCUGAUGUCAGGGUUAGAGUGCUUGACAACGAGGGUGACACUAUAUUAGUGUCUGAUGACGGGGCGGACAUGAUAGAAGACUGUGUCGGGGAAGUUGAAGAAAUGAAUGUGCUUGUAGAAGAUGUAAUAGAAGAUGGUGUAGAAGAUGGUGGUGUAGAUGAGGACAUCAACGAGGAUGUAAAUGAAAAAAUGGAUGUCAGUGUUAUGGAAGAAGAAGUGGUAGCAGACGAAGACAUCUCAGGACUAUUUUGGGACGAAGAGGGAGUGGAUAUUAUUGUUUGGUCAGUAGACGACGUCGCCAAAGACGACGACGCAAAAGUUGGUGUCAGGGAACUCAAUGUUGCUUCAGAUCGUGUUUCAGACACUGACGUGGACACGGGUGUUGUGGUGGAGUUGGCUAAGUCAGUCUCGGCUCGUUUGAUCUGGUACUGA